AUGGCCAGGACAAAGCAAACUGCAAGGAAGUCAACAGGCGGUAAAGCACCACGGAAACAGCUUGCAACUAAAGCUGCCCGUAAGUCUGCCCCAUCUACUGGUGGUGUCAAGAAGCCUCAUCGGUACCGACCUGGUACUGUUGCCCUGAGAGAGAUCCGGCGCUAUCAGAAAUCUACAGAACUACUGAUCAGAAAGUUGCCUUUCCAAAGAUUGGUCCGUGAAAUAGCCCAAGAUUUCAAAACUGAUCUACGCUUCCAGAGCGCUGCAGUGGGCGCACUCCAAGAAGCUAGCGAAGCUUACCUUGUUGGCCUUUUUGAAGAUACUAAUUUGUGUGCGAUCCAUGCCAAACGUGUCACCAUAAUGCCAAAGGAUAUCCAGCUGGCUCGACGUAUUCGUGGAGAAAGAGCUUAA